AUGUCAAUCAGACGCUCGGCCCGACUGGGCUCCAUCCCCACCAUCAAGACACCACUACUGCAAAACGCAGGUCCGAGCAAAGCAACUAGAGUCCAACACAGUGCAGUGACAAAGCCUCGCAAGACACCCACAAAGGCCAGCAGAUCAAAUAGACAAACCACAAAGACAAAACCAAAAGAAGCCUCCUACUGGUCCCCUGAACCAGUCGUGACAGAGAAUCAAGAAAUAGGCAACCAGUCCUCAACCACUAAUCCCACGAUAUUCAGGCCUCAGACACCACCUCCACUUGACCGUCCCGUUGACCCGCACCGAACAAAUGCAACUCUCAUCACCCCUCACGGCUCAAAAGUAAACGCCUACCCAACACACGUUGAAGAUGCCUCCCCUUCGAAGACUGGCCUUCCACGGCCAACGGCCACGACAGGGACACUACUUGAAAAAGCCACUGCACACCUCAUAGCGACAGACCCACGCAUUGCAACAGUGAUAGAGCAAUACCCAUGUCCGCUCUUUUCGCCUACUGGCUUGGCAGAGGAAAUCGACCCCUUCAACAGUCUGACCAGCAGCAUCAUUGGCCAGCAAGUCUCUGGUGCGGCAGCAAAAUCUAUAAGGAAUAAGUUUCUCACGCUGUUUGAUCUACCCGAUCAUGUUGCGCCUGACGGGCAUAAACAUGCAAAGUUCCCGACUCCCGAGCAGGUCGCUAAGUGUGAUAUCCCUACCCUGCGCACCGCAGGGCUAUCGCAGCGCAAAGCGGAGUAUAUCCAGGGUCUUGCAGAGAAGUUUGCCAGUGGAGAACUUGGGGCAAGGAUGCUAGUACGAGCUACUGAUGAGGAGCUUUUUGAGAAGCUUAUUGCUGUUCGUGGACUGGGGAAGUGGUCGGUUGAGAUGUUUGCUAUGUUUGCGCUCAAGCGCAUCGAUGUGUUCUCUACUGGGGAUUUGGGAGUACAACGAGGCUGCGCUGCCUUUGUGGGUCGCGAUGUGAGCAAAUUGAAGAGCAAGGGUGGUGGUAAAUUUAAAUAUAUGGCGGAAAAGGAUAUGCUGGAACUUGCUGCCAAGUUUGCACCAUAUAGGAGUCUUUUUAUGUGGUAUAUGUGGCGCAUUGAAGACGUUGACCAAGAGGUGCAAGACCCGCUUGUCAAUUACAAGAUUGACCAGAUAUAUAAGCGCGCGAAGAAAAUCGAUUUGUACAGUACAGUACACUCAGGCUGCGUAACUAAGCCAUGGGCCGCCCAUUCCAUUACGAAGAAAGCACACCAGGCGUUUAUUCCAUGUCAACAACAAUGCUUCCCCGGACCCUCUGUAUUCAUAUUCUAUUGA